GUGCCGAAAUUAGGCAAAGAGGCUGCAACUAAGGCCAUCAAGGAAUGGGGCCAACCCAAAUCCAAGAUUACCCACUUAGUCUUCUGCACCACUAGUGGUGUUGAUAUGCCCGGAGCUGACUACCAACUCACUAAGCUAUUGGGUCUUCGCCCCUCGGUGAAGCGCCUCAUGAUGUACCAACAAGGCUGCUUCGCUGGUGGCACGGUGCUCCGCCUUGCCAAGGACCUUGCUGAAAACAACAAGGGGGCCCGUGUGCUAGUCGUUUGCUCGGAGAUCACCGCUGUUACCUUCCGUGGGCCUAGUGACACCCACCUUGACAGUCUUGUGGGUCAAGCCUUAUUUGGUGAUGGUGCAGCUGCUAUGAUCAUCGGUGCAGAUCCUAUUCCUGAGGUUGAGAAGCCUAUAUUCCAAUUGGUUUCAGCGGCCCAAACUAUCCUACCCGAUAGUGAGGGCGCCAUCGAUGGACAUCUCCGAGAAGUCGGGCUUACGUUUCACCUCCUCAAGGAUGUUCCCGGACUUAUCUCAAAGAACAUUGAUAAGUCCUUAACUGAGGCAUUCAAGCCUUUAGGCAUCUCAGAUUGGAACUCUAUUUUCUGGAUUGCGCACCCGGGUGGACCAGCCAUUCUCGACCAAGUGGAGGCUAAGUGUGGCUUGAAGCCCGAGAAACUACGCGCCACAAGGCACGUGCUUAGCGAGUACGGUAACAUGUCGAGUGCGUGUGUAGUGUUCAUUUUGGACGAGAUGAGGAGGAAGGGCGCUGAAGAUGGCCUCAAGACCACAGGAGAAGGACUCGAAUGGGGUGUUCUUUUCGGGUUUGGACCGGGGCUCACCGUUGAGACCGUGGUGCUCCACAGUGUAGCUAUUUAGGGGUUUCGAUCGGUUAACCCAAUAAGUUUGUUUCUGCUUUUGUGCGGGGUCAAUUUGUUUAUUUGGGAUUGCUUUAUUUGGAUGCUGCUGGGGAAUCCAUACUGAAAUUGUCGACGUUAAUAUGUUUGCUA